AUGGAACUCUUUGGGACUCUAUUUUCACAUCGACUCUCAUCGAUCAGAGAAACCGAUAGUGAAGAAGUUGCUCAUGGCGUACUGAGAUGCGCCGAACCCGUAAAGUUUGAUCUCCAGAAAGGACCUACAUGCGGUCCUGUAGCUCAAGUAAUUUUAUCCAAACUUUUUGCAACAAGCGAAAUUAGUGUGGAAGAAAUCGUUGAGUACAACCGGUCAAAAUCAUAUACUACAGUAGGUGAAUGUUUCUCAGGUAAUUUUAAAAAAAUACUUUUUGAUAGAUGGAUUGCUUAAGGCUAGGUGAACGUUAUUAUUUUUAUCAUGAAUUUUUGCAUUUUUUAUAGUGGACUGGAUGAGAGAAUCGUGUGCACAUUUCUUCCCCGAAUUGUCAUCCCUUUCUGAAUCUUUCCCUACUUCCAUUGGUCUUGUUCGCAACCUUAAAGAUGAAGCUUUAUAUUUGGUACCAUAUGAUUCUGGUAAAGAUCACGGACCUGUUUCUCAGAAUGGGGUUUCAGCACAUUGGUGCAUCAUAGUAGGCGUUUAUAUUCAAAAUUUAUAUUUACAUUUCAGAUUGGUUACUUUAUUAUAACGAAUCAGAUAGACGACGAAAUUCUAAAGUUCCGUGAAGAAGAUUUAUAUUUGGUGACAUAUCAGGGCAAAAGCAGGUAUACUCAACAUUUAUAAUCAGAAUUAUCAAGUUCUGUUCUGAUUGCUCUAACUGUUUAUUCAGAAACCCGGGACUGUGGAAAUAUACAGCGCUCCGAGCCAGUAAUGCCCAGCUGAACACUUACGACAAACAGGAUAUGGCAAUGGAUAUUGGGGGUAUUCAGGCCGGCCUGAAGGGCCGAGUGGUUCGCAUUCAAGGCGGCCAAGGACAUCGCAUGAAAAUAGUCAACUUCCGGAUGUGA